UGACUGUCAACACAACAUGGCAGGAUUAGAGAAGAGACGCCGCUGCUCUUUUUAGGACACAUUCAAGGAGAAACGUCUUUUCGACUCUGGCAUGAACGUAUAUUGACUAUUUAGUUAGAUUUAGUUCGGGCUUGUUCUAAAUGAAGAGAGAUUGAAUAAUGCACAAGUUAACAAAGGCUACGCUGGCCUUAAAUGGUCUCAGCCGCUGUUAUGUUGCAGAAAAGCAUUUAUCUGCUAUUAAAAUAAUCAGCCGAGGGUUAGUGAGCGCUGAACAUGGAGGUGACUCGGGGAAGAGUGAGGUUUAUGAUGUUGUUAUAUCCGGAGGAGGAAUGGUUGGAUCUGCAAUGGCAUGUUCCCUCGGCAUGGAUCCCAACUUAGAGGGAAAGAAGAUCCUCCUGCUUGAGGCGGGUAACAAGAAAGUGAUGGACAAGGUCCCUGGGACCUACAGUACCAGAGUCAGCUCCAUCAGUCCAGGCUCUGCCACCCUCCUCAGUGGUAUUGGAGCAUGGGAAACCAUCACACAGAUGAGGUGCAAGCCCUAUAAAAAGAUGCAGGUUUGGGAUGCCUGCUCGGAUGCCCUGAUCACUUUCGAUAAGGACAACCUGGAGGAGGAGAUGGCGUACAUCGUGGAGAACGACAUCGUUGUGGCUGCCCUCACCAAGCAGCUGGACAGCCUGUCCGAUAAUGUGCAAGUUAAGUACAGGUCCAAGGUGGUGAAGUACACAUGGCCCAUGCCUCACCAGGCAUUGGAGUCGGUCCCAUGGGUGCAGGUCACGCUGGCCAAUGGAGAGACCAUCCAGACCAAGCUGCUGAUCGGAGCAGAUGGUCCAAACUCGAUGGUGAGACGUGAGUUGGGAAUACCAACAGUCAAAUGGAAUUAUGACCAAUCUGCAGUUGUUGCUGUGCUGCACUUGUCAGAGCCCACAGAGAACAAUGUUGCGUGGCAGAGGUUCCUCCCAACUGGGCCCAUUGCAAUGUUACCGCUGUCGGACACGGAGAGCUCUCUGGUGUGGUCGACCAGCCAUCGGCUUGCAGAGGAGCUGCUGGAGCUGGACGAGGAGAGCUUUGCCGACGCCAUCAACUCUGCUUUCUGGAGUAAUGAGAACCAGUCGGAGAUGAUUGAGACGGCUGGCUCGAUGUUCCGCGGCGCCCUGUCGGCCAUCAUGCCUUCUGCAGGUUCACCCAGACAGCUUCCCCCGAGUGUGGCGGGGAUCGGCCCUAAGACAAGGGUCAUGUUUCCUCUGGGCAUGGGUCAUGCAGCCGAGUACGUCAGGCACAGGGUAGCUCUCAUUGGGGAUGCAGCCCAUCGCGUCCAUCCCCUGGCGGGUCAGGGAGCCAACCUGGGCUUUGGGGAUGUGGCUUGCCUCACGCAGCUCCUGAGCCAGGCAGCUUUUAACGGGAAGGACCUGGGAGCCAUGCAGCACCUGCUAGAGUAUGAAACUGAACGCCAGCGACACAAUCUGCCCAUGAUGGCUGCCAUCGACCUAAUGAAAAGACUUUACUCCACCAAUGCUGCUCCUGUCGUCCUCCUACGCACCUUCGGUCUGCAGGCCACCAACAUGCUCCCAGCUCUAAAAGAGCAGAUCAUGGCGUUUGCAAGCAAGUGAUGCGUCACUCAUGCUGUGGUGGCUGGGGAAUCUCCAGAGGCUGUAAACUUUAAAAACUGUAAAAAGAUGUGAAUGUAAAAAGAUAUUAAAGUUUUAUUUUAACUCUUA